GAGCCCCGCCCAGGGCCACAUGGCCCGCCCAAAUAUAAGCAGCUCCUGGCCUGAGAACUCAGUGCCCGCGUCACCCGCACCUCUGUCUCCAUCAUCGCCAUCACAGUCCUGCAGAUCCCUUCCCCCUCUGAACCCAGCCCCCAGCGCCCCUGCCCCUUGCCCUCCCCUACCCUAGUAUCCAGCGUCCCUUGGACAGACUCUGCCACUGUCACCGCUGUCACCUCUGCCGUCCCCAACACCGCCUCCUCAGGCCAGCAAGAUGCAGUUUGAGAUGCAUGACAACGUGAAAGGCAAAGCCAUGUCCUACCCAGUGACCAGUCAGCCCCAGUGUGCCAGCAGCAGCUACCAGACCCAGCUCAGUGACUGGCACACCGGUCUCACGGACUGCUGCAAUGACAUGCCCGUCUGUCUGUGCGGCACUUUCGCUCCCCUGUGCCUCGCCUGCCGCAUCUCCGAUGACUUUGGAGAGUGCUGCUGCACGCCCUACCUGCUCGGAGGCCUGAACUCCCUCCGCACCGGCAUGCGCGAGCGCUACCACAUCCAGGGCUCUAUCCCGCACGACUGGGCGGCCCUCACAUUUUGUUUGCCCUGCGCGCUCUGUCAGAUGGCCCGGGAACUGAAGAUCCGAGGGUAAAGAAGUUAGCCCCCACCCCACCGCUUUACACUCCUGCCACCCGGCCUCCUCUGCCUCCCCUCCGCCCUAUCCCGCCGCCAGAAUGCAUCCACAAUAAAUACCUGAAAACCAA